ACAGGGGACAGUUUCUAUCUCUCUUCUCUCUCUCUCUCUCUCUCUCUCUCUCUAUCCUCCGAAUGACGAGGAGAUGACCGGUGGUCCAAGUGGAAAAGCAGGGGACCCGCCAUCGCCAUGAGAGCUUCUUUUGGCUGAAACAGAAAGAAGGAAGAGGAAACCCGUACGGAGAAGAUCAGAGUGCACCACAACCCGGGUCUUCUCGCAUUACCCAGAAGAAGGAAGGAGCUGGAGGAGGAGGAGGAGGAGGAGAAGGAGAUAGAAAGAAGAAGCUUCAUUCAUUUCCGCCAUUAAAGGAGGAGGAGAGAGAGGGUGGCGGGAAUGUCGGGGCAUUACAGUGGCGGUGGAGAAGGUCAGAUGGUGAGGAAGGAGGUGGUGGAGGAAGCGGUGAUCGUCGUGGGGCUGGUGGCAGCUCAGGUGGCGUACGCCGGGAACUCGGUGUUGAUGGGGUACGUCAUGUCCUUCGGCGUCGACCCUCUCACCCUCAUCCUCUUCGCUUCCCUCUCCACCUUCUUCUUCCUCUCCCCUCUCGCCCUAUGCUUCGAAAGGAGCUUAUGGCCAAAGACGCUGACCCUGAAGCUAAUGAUUCAGCUGGUUUUGAUCUCCUUUGGAGGGGUUACUCUGUUCCAGACUCUGUUCUUGAAAGGGAUUAAGCUGACAUCGCCGGCAAUGGCCACAGCCAUGCCGAACCUUGCACCUGGUCUCAUCUUCAUCAUCGCUUGGACUGUUGGGUACUUCUCCUCUAUCUUGGAGAGAGUCAACUGGAGUCUGCUGUAUAGCAAAAUCAAGAUAGUGGGGACGGUGCUGUGCGUUGCAGGGGCUGUAACAAUGAGCCUAAUGCACAGUGCUGCAGCAAAGGGGUCGGCAUCAUAUCUGGUCUUCGAUAAACAGAAGAUCAUCGGCAGUUCUUAUCUAUUGGGAGCUGUCUUCAUGAUGUCAAGCAUUGUGGUCUUGCAGGCAGCAACCUUGGGCGACUUCCCAGCACCAAUAUCUCUCUCUGCAGUAACUUCAUUGAUCGGCGUGUUUACAACUAUUGCUGCUCAGUUAUUUGAAGGGCGCAUAGUGGAGACUAGUUGGCCUCUAGUGAGCUUUGGGGCUGUGUGUGGCAUUUCUCUUUUGGCCGGAACCAUAGGAGGAGCAUGUGUUAGCUUCAGCGCGUGGGCAAUGAAGAAAAGGGGGCCAGUCCUUGUGUCCAUGUUCAGCCCCAUUGGGACUUUUUGCUCGGUUGUUCUGUCUUUCGCAACCUUAGGGGACACAAUCAACAUAGGAAGUGGGGCCGGUAUGUUCAUCAUGUUCACAGGACUGUAUCUCGUGCUAUGGGCGAAAGGGAAAGAAGGUUACCUGAACAAAGGCGGACUGCUAAAGACUUGAUGCUGUUCCUGUUGAUGGGGUUCGGGUUAAUUUUCUUGCAACUGUUUAUAGAGAUGGCAGAGACUUGCUCCUGGAAUGAAAACGGGAAGUCGAUCGGAAAAAGAAGGAAGUUCAUCAAUUAAGAAAAUCCUUGAACCAAACCUAGAGCUAUUUGUUCGGUGUCGGGACCAUAGGGAAAGGUUUUGAAAAUGAAUCCCGAGAUCCCAGCUACGGUUGAAGUAGUGGACAGCUGCUUCAGGUCUAACCAUAGAAGUUCUUCUUGUGCCUUCAUUAGCUUCAAUGGUUAACUGUCUUUUCCACGAAGCUGCAGAUUCUUGCUUUAUAAGAGAGUUUUCCCUGCAAACUGCACUUUCCUCUCUUCAGUUUGUCCCGAUAAAAUCGGUGCUCAGGUCUCAACGAACAUUGUUUGUUCGGUUAAUAGUUUGAGGGAGAACCUCAGGAGGUUUGCUUCCCCCUGCAGAGGGUCGCGGAUCCAAACUGAUCACUGCAGUAACUCUUGCGGU